AUGAUUUUCAGCCCUAAAUCUGCUUCUAGAUCCAAAAGUUUUGAAAUUGACGUGUCUAAAUCUCAAACUCUCAAAAAGUCGACAUUAAAGACUAGAAGUAUCUUUAGAGCCCAAGAAUUCGAUAUUUUCAAUCGAUCGCAAGAUUUGUCUCCAGACGAGCGAGCGUAUUUAAAAACUGCAUUGGCUUCUCCAAAGUACGAAAAAAUGCCCCAGCUGUACUCUGCUAUGGAAAUUUUGAAAGAACGGCUAAAAAAAGACAAAAAUAACUCCCCAUCCCAAUCGACAUCGUUUCAUCGGUUUUCCCACAAUUCGCCAAAAAGCGAAAAAUUGGGUCCAGGAUAUUAUGAAAAAUUUGACAGUAGUUUUGGCCCAUCUUAUGAAUUUUCUAAUAUUGCUAGAUCUGGAGAUCAAGUGAAUCACAAAAUAUUGAGUUUUCGUUACCUUAAAAGAAGUUUAACACCUGAUAGACUAGAAAGCAUUCUUAAGCACACUGUUGAUCUGGAAAAUUAUUGAAAAUCAGCAAAAGAAAAGACCAAAGCUCAUAAUGAAAAAGUUUACUUAAAAAAGAUGUGUAAGGUUGAAGGAGAAAGAAAAGAGUUUGAUAAAAAAAGAAGAGAGUUACGUAUCAAAUAUGAUCAAAAAUUGAUAAAAAUUCGAAAACUUGAAGCUAUGGUGGUUAAGAAGAAUUGAUUGACUGUAUUUAGUAUAUACUCGAGCUUAAACACAAUUUAUUACAGGAUUAACAAUAGAAAAAUAUUAAAAUCAAAUUCAAAAAAAUGGCUCUAUUUGUUAUAUUAUUUCUGCAAACUUUUUGGAAACAUUCAUAGGAAAAUAAAAAAAAUCAGAAAAAGGAUAGCAAAUAAAGUGAAAUUUAUAUAGGCAAUCUUAGGAAUAACAAAAAUUACAGUAACUUGAAUUUACAGGAGAAGGCAAGAAUUUUUAUGGUGUCUUUUUCAAAUCAUAGAAAGAUGCAAAACAAGAAAUACAUUAUAUUUAAUGAUGUUUACUUGGCUGGGGAAAAUAUCUGAAAUCCAAAGAUUUUUCAAAUUUUAUCGCCCAAUUUUGGAAGCAAGAAAAAAAUGUUUAAAAUUAUUAUGGGAAAAAGUUUGAAAAGAGCUUGAGUAUGAUGAAUUUGUAGUUCCAAGAAGACUGACAUCUAAUAAUAGAGCUGGAUCUACUCAGCAAGCUAUUACUCAUAUAGAAUUUUCAAUAAAAGAAAAAUAUAUGAACGAAUAUCUUCACGAUCGACUAAAAGUCCAAGCCAGAAUGAUGAGCAACUAUGUUGAAAUGAGUCGUAAUGUCAAUAAAAAAUUCCGCAGACAUAUGGGCUUCUGACACAAUGAAGCUUCAAUACAAGGGUUUGGUAGAAAUUUAGUCAUGGUUUCAUAUCCUAAGCCAUAUCUAAAACUCUACUCUUCAGUUGAUAUUUAUUUGACUUACAUUAAAAGAGCCAAAGCUGAUUCUAUGAUAGCAAAAGAAAUUUCUUUAAGAAAGAAAAAUCCAAGGUACUUUACAGUACUUAACUAA